AAGAAACUGAAGAUCUAUUGAGAUCAUUUCGGAGUUACCAAUGCUUCCAGUAUUCUGCACAGCCUUCUUUGACAGAGGGUGAAUAAGCAGAUGGGAAAGGCUCAGUAACUUAUUGGUGUCUCCCUCUGGAAUCAGGGAUCAAAAAGGUUCACCUUUUACAUAGCAAAACUAAGGACAGGGAUCAGUGAUCACACUGUGAUUAAAUGGCAUCAGAAAUCACUUAUGCUGAGGUGAAGUUCAAGAAUGCAUCACCAGCUGCAGUGGCUGAAGCACCUCCUGAGAAGAAGAAUGAGCACCAUCCACAGAAAUACCCGCUUUGUCUCCCGUGGCUGAUCUCACUGCUACUCUUCUUGGUGUGCAUUGCCCUCAUUAUUGUUUUCCUUGUCACUCCCUUCUCCCGUGGCAGAGCUCAUCCCACAGCCCUGCAGCAGAAAUUCAUGGAGUGGCAGUGUGUCUCCAGGGUGCUGCCUGGCAAAGUGGAGAGCUGGACGUGCUGCCCAAAGGGCUGGAGACGCUUCCAGGAAAAGUGCUAUUACCUGUCAAAUGAUUUGAUGUCCUGGGCUGAGAGUGAGCAGAACUGCACUGGGAUGGGCUCCCACCUGGUGGUGAUCAACAGCAAAGCAGAGCAGGAUUUCCUUUUUGAGGAGCUACGUAAAUCUUCAAAAAUAGGAGUGAAUUACUACAUUGGCCUGCAUGCCCAGGUGGUGGGACAGUGGCACUGGCUGGAUGGGACUCCUCUUAGUGAGACAGCAGCGUUCUGGCGGGCAGGAGAACCAAGUAAUGUGGAUCAUGAGAUGUGUGUUGUAAUCCAUACAAAGGAAGUUUCACACAACAACUGGAAUGAUGUCAUUUGCAAGGAUCAUAACCGAAUUUGUCAAGCUGAAGCAGUGACUGUGUGAUGGAAACACGUGGUGUUUCCAGUGGUGAGGUGGGAAAAGCACAGGGCUUUUUUUUUUUUUUCCCCAACAUUGGGAAGGAUGGGGAGGGAGGGGCUGGUGCCUGCAUCUUCACUGUGCUGGGUGGGAUGAUGUCAGUGGAAGUGAUUAUCCUGUGUCCAGCAUCCCCAGUGCACAUAUCAUCUCUGCUAACUCAUGAAGGCUCAGGGUCCGAGGCUCUUGUGUGCUCUUCUGUCUGAAUGGGUCCAGCAGCCACUGUCUGAAAAGAGGGUGAGUUCUCCAGGAGGAAGACACAGAGAUGGAUGACAGAUGUUAAGAGCUGCAGUUUCCUUUGUCUCCUUGAGUGGAAGUGUCUGCUUUUUGCUGAGGCACACAGAGAAUGUCCUUGACUUGCACUAGUUUUGCUGAACAAAUACUGAAUUUGUAUGUAAGAGAAAAAGCAAUAUUAGACCUAU